ACAUACUUGCAGAAAUGAAGGAAUUUGGUCUAAAGCUAAUAUAAUAAUCUUAGAAUGCUCCAGCUCAUCGAUAAAGCCCUCGAGUCUUCCAACAUGGGCGGUGACUCGCCUCGCGACUGUAUAUUCGAAGUGUACCGGCCAGAAUUUGAGCACAUCCAGCCACCGCAGGAUAUGGACAUGUCUCCUCACAUUUUCGCCGCGUCCUGCGAUGAUUUCGAGUGGGAAGACGACUCAGAUGACGAAGAAGCCGAUGUACCUAGUGGUCGUAUCUCACCCUGUACUUUCUUAGAGUGGUCCAAAGACUGCGUACGAUGGAAUGCCAAUGAUAUGGAGAUCAAGCAGGACACUACAGACUACCUGCGCAUGCGUCCCCCCACGCCUAGAGUUCCAAUCCCCCGGCAACGUCACGAGCAUAUCCCGUACGGCAGACUCGAGGCGCAAUGGGACAUUCACACGGGCGAGGAGCUCACGCCUACGUAUUAUGUCCCUAAUAGCCCGUCUAUUAUUUACACGCCGCCGGGCAUCGACUUCGUUGGCUUCAGGACGCCUAACUUUCACGCACAAUAUAGACGCAUGGCACCGCUUGUGGAACGCGAAUUGCGCGGAAGAGUCUAUGGUGGAGGGGAAACGGCGCUCCCUGGGUUGUCGGACGGUGAGAGAACCCGAUUUACUCCUGUAAGUCUGACUGUGCGCACAUCGUUUUCCUAUACUUCUGUCUACCUACAUUACGUGCCCGAAUACCUAUAACUAUCGUUGGUACCUCAUAAAUCAGGAGGGUAUCUAUCUUCGCUGAGUCACUAAAUUCGAGAAUUCUCUUCCUCUUGCCUGCCCUGAACACACCACAACACAAUCAUUAACCCAACCCUCGCAGUCCGAGGUCGACGCAGCGACAGCUGUCAUCCCCGAACUCCAGAAC